CAAGGCCAAUCCUCUUUAUCUUUCACUCGUUCUCUCCAAGUUGGCAUUUUCUUACAAAAGCAUUUUUCUCACACCUUUGUCAUAAAAGCCAAAAAAACACACACACCCUUCUUCACCCCAUUGCUCAUUCUUCUUCUUCUCUCUCUCUCUCUUUCUCUUUCUCUUUCUCUGUCUAAAGUAAGUGCCGUGCAUGAACUUUUGUCUGGGUCACUCCGUGACCGUGGUGAUCAUAAAGUUAUUGUCUUUUUAGUAAUGGGUUCUUGUUAUUCAGUUCACAGAAACACUGAUACAGACAUGAAGCUCAAACUUUCAUUUGGGUCCAAAACUGAGAAACUUGUGAUUCCUCCAUCACCCAUCAAGGAACAACCCAAAAAGGGCAACUUUAGGUGGUCACCGUCUCGGUCAAUGACCACCUUCACUGACUAUGGUAGCAAAGAGGAAGCAUUUUUUGAUUCCAAACCCUGCUUAGACUCAGAUUGUGAAGAUGAUUUCUAUAGUGUCAACGGUGACUUCACACCAUCACGAGGUAACACUCCAGUUCAUCACACUUUUGGGACCCAUGUUGUUAAUAAUACCCCUUCUGAGAAUAGAACUAUUGGUUCUAUGCAUGAACCAUCUCCAGAAAAUAAAAAGAAAUUGUUAGAGCUUUUUCGAGAUACUGACAAAGAUGAUGGCAAUGGACAGAAAGAAGUUAAGCCAACUAUACAAGAUGUUAUGCCUAAAUCUGCACACUGUACUCCUUAUCUCUCUAAGGCUAACUCUGCUUGUAGUAGUGAAAGAGCCAUUAGUGAGGAUCGUGUAUCCAUUAGAGAGAAGGUUAAAUCUUUUCGGGCCUGCAUUCCAAGUUUGUCUUCAUGCCGUAGCUUCAGUGAGAGGAGGAGUAAAACAAGUUCUGCAAUACAAGUAAAUGGAAAACAUUGACUUCUAUUGCAAUCUGAUGGAAGUUUCUUUGAUAUACUUAAGUGGUUGAAUUGCAUUUUAUAAUGUACAUCACCUUAUCCUUGUAAAGAACCAUGAAACAAUGAUUUAUGAAUCAAAGU